UAGGGGGGGACUCUGAAUCGGAGGACAUCGGGAGCAACCAAGCUUGAAAGAAGUGGAGACAUAGCAGAGAAUUAUUUUGUAUCUGGCCGAGGCAGAAUGGAGAGAGAAAAUGACUGCUGAACACUGACGUGAGGCAGACAUCAAGAACAUGACGUGACGACUUUGAAGCUAUAUCGGGUUAGACGUGUAACCAGUCUGGACUACGUCUUUGAGAUGUUAAGAGCUUGACGUGGCUACGCCAUACUUGUCCAUGGUAGUAUACGGCAGGCUAAGUGCCUCUACGACAUCUGCUAAACCAACGAAGAACAAUUACCCCAAAGGUGUUAAAACGCAUACAAUACACUACCCGUCACGCACCUCAACUCUCGCAGCACAAAUUGAUGUCCCUACCUUCCAAGCCUCAUUGUCUGCUGUGGUUGAUGAAAUGCGUUCCUUGGCACGCGCGACCCGCCCAUUCUUGCCGAGCGGCAAACGUUUCUCGUCUGUGCCGAACGGCGUAAGACUUGAGCUGUGGGUAGUGGGAGGGAUUGAAGUUCUCCCAGUAGGAUAUGUAUUUAAACUCCCUGCGGUGUAUACAUUCGAGAUUCUCUCGGUGAUGCGUGACCUUGAGCUCCUGAAUAUAGGUAUAGAACUCGAGCUGUCUGGAGGUGGUUUAUGCACGGCAUUGCGGGGACGAGGAUGGUUACUUGCGGUGCGGAUACGUUUGGCGGUUACAGCAGGCGCUAUUGUCCUGGCGUCUAUCUGCAACACCAGUCGUCGACUUGCCGGGUUAGCGCACUGUGUGCUUUGUCCUGCGUUGCGCACUCGCUUGUUGUUGUUUCACUUUGUUCCUGGUGCGGUAGCGAACGAUGAAUGGUGGGGAGAAGAACCGGGGAGGGAUUCGUCUGUAGAGGAUCCGUUCAUCGGAAAGGGGAAAGUUGGGAAAGAGCCUAGAGCGGAGGAGGGUGCAUUUCUCUUGGGGCUUUGAUCUGAACCUAAAACAAUUGGUCUCGUUGUUGGUCAAUACCCACAGAGGUUCAACUACGUCUUCUGUAUCCGGUCACGUUCAUUCUUGUGGAGAGCUCCGUGCGUCGUUUCAGUGCGCGAUGUAUCCAUGAGGGAUAUAAGCUGCCAUAUUGAGAGUUUGUUCAGGAGGGAUCGAGACGUUCGAUAGAGGAAGAUGUGAUCAAGUUUGGCUUCUCUUUCUUCCUCAUGCUUCUGAGAGCGACUUGGUGUUGCUGGUGGCACUUCGACAGCGGUAACGUGGUGCACGGUGGAGGAAGGAGGAGCUUGACGAAAUGAAGGAGAAUCUGAAUUGAAACUCCCAAAAUGCGUAUAGAAGCAAUUACAGCUCUUUGCAUAAAGGAUGGCACCGGCGUGAAAUUUUGCUCAUUGUACACUCACACCCCCUGUAAUUCAUUAUCAUCAUGCCCUUUAUAAC